GCGCCACCCUCGUGGAUUGCAUCGGAGCGCAGUGGCGGGGCAUGCCCAGGGCACCGGGCACGGCCUUCAAUGGGCGAGGACACGGACGCGCGGAAUAUUAACCACGGCUUCCUGCGGGACCACAGCUAUGUGACCGAAGCUGACAUCAUUUCCACGGUCGAGUUCAACCACACGGGGGAGCUGCUGGCCACGGGCGACAAGGGUGGCCGUGUGGUCAUCUUCCAGCGAGAGCCUGAGAGUAAACACGCGCCCCACAGCCAGGGCGAGUAUGAUGUUUACAGCACUUUCCAGAGCCACGAGCCCGAGUUUGACUACCUCAAGAGUCUGGAGAUAGAGGAGAAAAUCAACAAGAUCAAAUGGCUCCCGCAGCAGAACGCCGCCCACUCCCUCCUCUCCACCAAUGAUAAAACUAUCAAAUUAUGGAAGAUUACCGAGCGAGAUAAAAGACCCGAAGGAUACAACCUAAAAGAUGAAGAAGGGAGACUCAAGGACCUAUGCACAGUGACGUCUCUACAGGUGCCAGUGUUGAAGCCCAUGGACCUGAUGGUGGAGGUCAGCCCUCGGAGGGUCUUUGCCAAUGGUCACACCUACCACAUCAACUCCAUCUCCGUCAACAGCGACUGUGAGACCUACAUGUCGGCAGACGACCUGCGUAUCAACCUGUGGCACCUGGCCAUCACCGACCGCAGCUUCAACAUCGUGGACAUCAAGCCGGCCAACAUGGAAGACUUGACGGAGGUGAUCACGGCGUCAGAGUUCCACCCGCAUCACUGCAACCUCUUCGUCUACAGCAGCAGCAAGGGUUCCUUGAGGCUCUGCGACAUGCGGGCCGCAGCCCUGUGUGACCAGCACGCCAAGCUGUUUGAGGAGCCUGAGGACCCCAGUAACCGCUCCUUCUUCUCAGAGAUCAUCUCCUCAGUGUCGGAUGUCAAGUUCAGCCACAGUGGCCGGUACCUGCUCACACGGGACUACCUCACCGUCAAGGUCUGGGACCUGAACAUGGAGGCAAGACCCAUUGAGACCUACCAGGUCCACGACUACCUUCGCAGUAAACUUUGCUCGUUGUAUGAGAACGACUGCAUUUUCGACAAGUUCGAGUGCGCCUGGAACGGCAGCGACAGCGUCAUCAUGACGGGGGCCUACAACAACUUCUUCCGCAUGUUCGACCGCAACACGAAGCGCGACGUGACGCUGGAGGCCUCGCGGGAGAGCAGCAAGCCCCGCGCCGUGCUCAAGCCGCGGCGGGUGUGCGCGGGCGGCAAGCGACGGCGGGACGACAUCAGCGUGGACAGCCUGGACUUCACCAAGAAGAUCCUGCACACGGCCUGGCACCCGGCCGAGAACAUCAUCGCCAUCGCCGCCACCAACAACCUGUACAUCUUCCAGGACAGGGUCAACUCCGAGAUGCAGUAGGU